ACCAUGCCAUUUAUAAGCGAACCAUGGAUUAAAAUAACAGAUAAUUCACUGCAAGGAGUAAGAAAAAACAGACAUAGUAGAAGAGAAGACAAUACAACUUUUUACAUUAUCCAUGAUUUGUUUGCUUCACAAAAACGACAAAUAUGAAUGCAGGUUAGUGUCAAACACUGAUGGUGAGGAUGUCCAGAAAUUAAGAAUUUAUGACCUGCAAAUCUACCAGCCAGAAUGUACAAUCAUCAAUAUUAAUGGUAGCACAUCAGUUGCUUCAUGUUCCUAUCGAAAUAUUCCACAGUUCCAAGUAGAAUUUCUUGUUGAUGGCAGUAGUGUUCACAGAAUGGGAGAUUGCACAUCUGACGUCUGUCCACUGAAUUACACAUUCAACCCAAGAGAAGUCAAUCCACAAAAUAUUGAAUGUAGUGUUGAAAUCCCAAAUAGAAAACUUUGGAGAAUAAAAUGUUCUAUAACGCAGACACAUAGUACAAUACUACCACAAAAAACUGAGGUAUCGUCACAAUCAACUUCCCCUACUAAAUACACUGAUGUAGAUAAUUCACAAGGCACCAUGGUCCAAACAAGCCCAGAAGGCACUGUUUUAUCUUCAACAAUAACAACAGCAGCAAAAGAAGAAAAUGCAACACCAUUAAUAGUCAUAGUCUCAGUAGCAGCUUUAAUAACACUAUUUCUAAUCAUUAUUAUUUUAUUUUUUGUAAGAAGGAACUUCAAAUUAAAACAAAACUCUGCAAUGAAAUCACCACCAACAGAUAAAAAUGUAUACUUUGAGAAUGACCAACAAGAAGAUACAGACAAAAUUAGAAUGAUGGAAGGAGCAGCACAAAGUGAUGACAUCAAUUUUAAGCAAUCUUCUGAGGACAGUGUCAUGAAAGAAAAUGACAUCUACCAAUCAGCAGACACCAAUUCUUAUGAACUAACACCCGCUGUUAAUGAAGUUAGUGUUGCCAAGCAAGGUGAAGCUUAUUAUCUUGACCGAACAAACAAGGCUGAUGAAGAAAUUGAUGAUUUCGUUGAUGGUAUAAAUAUGAAUAAGAAAAAUGACGGGCCUACUACAUCGCAGACACACAACAAGGUCAAAACACCGGAUGAUUUGGGGUACAUUGAAAAUGAGAAUGAGGCUUACCAAUCACUUAAUGUGAUACCAUCGACACUGAUUCCUGGGAUAUUCCUGUGAGUGACGGGAGACUUGGAACCCCUGCUAUAUAAUGAAAUACUGUACAGUUGAAGCCAUAGUUGUCUAUACCUAUCAGUGAAUAAAUUUGUACUGAAAAUAUUGUUUGUGUUAAGCCAACUAACAUGCGGUUUAAAAAAAACAUGACAAUGUUAAAUUUUUUGUGCCAUUACGGUACACGCACACAUCGUGACAUGCACGUGCGUUGUAAUGUGAAUAUCCUCAAUAUCAUUUUUCAGAUAAUUUAAAGCACGUUUCAGGUCAUUUUCAGUAUUCCAAAACUUUCCAUAAUUUACGUGCCGUACGCUCAUUUCCACACCCACAGCACGUACUGAAGCUGGAAAUUACGUUUCGGU